AUGUCCGACUUUGACCACGACCUCUACGGCGACCUCGACCUCGAGGACCUCGACGCCACCCAGCUCGACGAGGAGCUUGUCGACCCCGACCUUGAGCCCAAGCAGGAACCCGCCUCGGCCGCAGGUGCGACUGAGUCCGCCGCGCCCGCUCCAUCCUCGUCUUCGGCCCAGACCCACGCCCCACCAGCAGACAACUACUCCCACACCGCGUCCAACCACGUCGGCAGCUCCAGCGCUGGCGGUAUGGGUAUGGGUGGCGGUGCCGGAGGUGCUCCCGGUGGUGGUAUGGGUGGACGCGGCGACUUUGGCCACGGCGGCAUGGGCGGUGGAUCGCGCGACUUUGGUCACGACGGAAUGGGCGACAGGAUCAAGCCCAGCGACAUGCCGGACGAGGGCAAGAUGUUCAUUGGCGGCCUCAACUGGGAGACCACAGACGACGGCCUGAGAAACUACUUUACCCAGUUUGGCGACAUUGACCAGUGCACCAUUAUGCGCGACCCCACCGGCCGCUCGCGUGGCUUUGCGUUCCUUACCUUCAAGGAAGUCAAGUCGGUCCACCGCGUCCUCGAGCAGGACCACCAGCUCGACGGCAAGAUGAUCGACCCCAAGCGUGCCAUCCCUCGCGCCGAGCACGAGCGUACCGCCAAGGUCUUUGUCGGCGGGCUCGCGCCUAGUGUCACUUCCGAGUCGCUCAAGAUCUUCCUCCAGCAGUUCGGCAAGGUCAUGGACGCGACUGUCAUGUUUGACCGUCUGAACGGCCGCUCGAAGGGUUUCGCUUUUGCGACGUUUGCCGACGAGUCGGGCGUCGACAAUGCCAUGGGCCACUCGGGCAUCGAGCUCGAGGGACGCCAGAUCGAGAUCAAGAAGGCCCAGCCCCGCGGUGCCGGGACCCAGGUCAAGAGCUUCAACGCUCCCGGCGGCGCCCGUACCUCUGGCUUCAACCCCACGUCGCAAAUGGGCUUUGGCAUGUUCGACCCCUCGGCAAUGGCCAUGAUGUACCAGAACAUGCUCAAGGGAUCUGGCGGCGGUGGCGGCGGCGGCAAUGCUGCGGCCAGCGGAGGCAUGGGUGUUGACCCCAACGCCAUGGCCAUGAUGUACCAGAACAUGAUGAAGGGCAUGGGCAUGAACCAAGCUCCCGCCAUCAACCCCAACAUGGCCCGCGGCAAUGCGAUGGGCAUGGGCGGCGGCAUGAUGGGCGGCGGCAUGGGCAUGGGUGGUAUGGGUAUGAUGGGUGGUAUGGGUGGUAUGGGAGGCAUGGGAGGUAUGGGCAUGGGCAUGGGCGGCAUGGGUAUGGGCAUGGGCGGCAUGGGCAACAUGGGUGGCAUGGGUGGCAUGGGCAUGGCUGGCGGCGGCGGUAUGGGCGGUCGCGGCGGUCGCCAGGUGCCCAACGCGCCUCGCGGCCCCGCGGCGAUGCGCAACCCCGGCGGACCAAGCGGUAUGGCCCAGCCCAUGGCCCAGGACGGCUCUGGCAACGGCAACGGCGCAGCUGGUGGCUCGGGAUCCGGACCCCAGCGUUACUCGACGCAGGGUCAGCAGCGCGCCAAGCCUUACUAG